CUAUAAUGGAGUUUGUACAUCUGUCAACAAGACACAGGUCUCGACCUACAGUCCCUUUCAUACUUCUCUGUGUAGUGUUUUUUACCAUGCCAUCAGAUCUCCAGGCGGGUAAUGUCCUUAUCACCACAAGUCUGGGCGAAGGAUCACAUUAUUUCGUUGGGAAGACGAUCGGUAAAUACCUCGUGAAACAUGGACACAACGUCACGGUUCUUGUCAGCAAAGCGUAUGCGUACAGGGCUGAUGAUAUUGAAGACUUGGAAUUGAACUUCAUCGUGUUUGAACAGACAGCCGAACAAAUCGCCUCUGUUAAAGAGAGGCAUUUGGCCUUCUCAAAGAACGCAUUAGAGCCGAAUAAUGUUGCUUACUUGCUCAAAAUGAUGAAAACAGCUCGUCAAGGGGUUGCCGAUGACUGUGAUGAGCUCUUGGGGCGAAACCCCGACGUCAUGCACCAAAUCGAGUCGGGAAACUUCGACGUGGUCGUCUACGAUAUGAUCUGGUUGUGCAGUCUGCUUUUGGCAAUGAAAAUAAACGCAACAGCGGUCUUAUCGUCCCCGAUGUCCCUGCCUGUGUUCACCGCCUAUGCUCAUAAUCCAGUGAAUUUAGCGUACGUUCCAUACUUUAUGACCGGUUAUACGAGCUCAAUGUCCUUUUUGCAGCGUGUUAACAACGUAAUAUUGAACCAAGGAUUUUCCCCGAUGUUUGAGUACAUGAACCAACCAUUCAACGAACUUAGAGAGCGCCACAAGAUCAGACCGGAUUUAACCGGUUCGGUUUCAGAACUGGUGGGGAUCUACACCGAUUUAUUCUUAUUCAAUCUCGAUUUUGCCGUCGAGUUCCCUCUCCCGCUUCUCCCGAAUAUUAUCCCGAUAGGAGGCAUCACAGCCAGACCGGUGUCACCGUUACCAAGUGACUUGGAAGCAUUCAUGCAGUCUUCUGGCGAUGAGGGCGUCAUCUUGUUCACCCUGGGCACUUACGUGUCGCACAUCAAAUCGGAGUUCCUUGAGCCGUUCGCAGAGGCCUUUGAACGAUAUCUGCAACAGAAGGUCCUGUGGCAAUUCGCAGGUGAACCUAGGUUUAAGGUACCUCCGAACGUCAAGACGAUGCCAUGGCUGCCACAAAAUGAUAUUUUAGGCCAUCCAAAAACACAUCUCUUUAUUUUCCACGGCGGCAACAACGGGUUUUACGAGACCAUAUACCACGGUGUUCCAGCCAUUAUCAUACCUCUGACGGGAGAUGCUAUCGACCAGGGGGUACGACUGAAGCAUCAGGGUUUCGGUAUAGUCCUUGACAAGACCAGGGUGACUGUUGACUCCCUGGAUGACGCCAUUAAGACAAUCUUAAGCAAUAAAAGUUAUUCCAAGAUGGCGAAGGUACUCUCAUCUCGUCUGAGAAGCAGAUCAAUGCAUCCAGGUGAUCGCGCUGCAUUCUGGGUCAAUCACGUGAUGAAACAUGGGGGCGACUACAUGAGAAGUCCACUCAAAGAUCUCAACUUCAUACAACGAAAUCUGCUAGACGCCUUGGGGUUAUUCCUUGUGGUUAUAUCAAUAAUUUUAGUGAUUUUUUAUAACUGUGUACGAUGUUCAUUUAGGCGCUGCAAGCGAAUUUUCUUUAGUUCUAAACAAAAGAAUGAUUAAUUUGUACAGGCGUGGUACUAGGGUAUUUUGAUGGCUAGGGUGGGGCAAGACCUAUAGAUUUUAACUUGAUUGAAGUACAGGGAAAAUUUAGACUUACUGACGCGACUUGUAUCUUUAAACGCCCUUCUUUCUUCCUGGUCCUUUUGAUGAAUGUUGAAGGAGAAAUCGAACCAUGCGGUGUUUGUGGAAGAAUGUCGUUUUAUAAACAGAUAUUUUAAAAGAGAAAAUGCGUGCCAUAAUAUUAUCAAUAGACUCCUUCUUUUCUUCACUUCUGUUGUAUUUCUCCUGUGUUCUGCAUUAUUGCAAUGUUUUUUUUUUUACUUAAAAAAAAAGUUUUUAUAUAGUGUGAAAUCGACACUUUAUGUAUUUUCUCACUUUAAUCUUUGUUUCGUUAUUCUUCUGUGUUAGUGCAUUUUGUCACGCAUCAAAUAUCAUUGGAUGGCAAUUCAAUUAUAACUAUAAGAUUGUACAAAAUGUCAAUAAAAUUGUCUUUCAAUGUGAUAGAAGAGGGAAACCUUGUGAAGAGAGCAUUGCGGGGGGCAGGUUCCAGUGUGGUUAAUUAGUUGGUAACUAUUAUCGUUUCUCUUUAUCUACCCAUGGACCUGAUCUACCGCAUUCAUUGUUGUAUUUUUUUAUUUUCCCCCACAUUAAUGAUAAUCCGAAAAUGCGGAUUUGGGAGUUUCAAUAAAGAUUUAACUCAAUUUUUUUCAUUAGUGGAAACUAUCAUGAAGGGAGAGCCCUCAAAUAUUGAACUUCCCAAAUCUUAAAUUGACAUUUUAUAUAAAUGGUAUUGUUUUUGCUCAUCUAGAGAAAUGUGUUCAUAGAAACCAUUUUAGAAGAAGUUCCUGUAUUUCAUGCUAUUGCUUUACUUUGUCAAAUGAUUAUUAAAUGCUAUUUUAGACAUUUUAUUUCAACUGUUCAAGAUGUAUAAUAUUAUGUAUAUUUUGCGAAAUGUGAAACAAUUUUUUUUUAGUUCUUUACUGAAAUGGACAUGGUUACUGUGCAUUAAGCAUUGUGGUUUAAUUAAAGUAAUUUAAAAGUAAUUGGCUGCUAUUACUCAAGCAUUUAUUUUGCUCAAAUAGUUUGCCACUGCAUUUGUUUUUUACUACUUUGUCUUAUCCUUAAAUUGUAUUCAUGUCUAAUUUUUUGUUAUGACACUGUUAAAAAUUUGUCACAUUGCAAUGUACUUUAAUGUCAUACUACGAUUAUGUUUAUGUAUUGUUAAUUUAUUUUGACUAUACAAUAAAUGGCAAAAAGAAGCUGCUAAAAACUGCUUAUCUAAUAAAAGAGAGCCAAUGGAGUAAAUUAGAAAGUCAAAAAGGGGCCUAAGCUUUCGAUCCUAGCAGAAUCUUCGUCGGAGGCAAAUAAAUGCAGAAAUACCUGCC